AUGGAUAGUUAUCCUCCUGAAUUUAUUCUUCACCAUGUACCUUUGAUGAUAGUUCUUGGUUUAGGUACAGCAAAAGAUCUCGCUGAGCAAACUACUGUACCUUCACCUACUUCUUCCAAGUCAGCACAUUCACGGCAAAGCUCGAUAAGUACCAACUCAAUUUCUACAAGGCAGCAAAUAUCAAGGAAUUUGCUUACUCAACUAACAGCAAAAAGCCAGUCUGGAGUUUGGGAGUUCGGGAAAAGCGCUGGUACCGCGUUUCGCGUAGUGGCAGUAGACAAGAAUUUUCAAUUUCCUCCUCGAAAACCUAUUAUGCGACCCCAACAACCUUCGCAUCACUCAGCCACGAAUAUUCCACAUUCAUCUUUUUCACCUCUUACACCAGGCUCGCCCGUCUAUCCUGACGGUUUAAUUCCUCCAAUAUGGGUUCACAAACAUCGUGAAUUAUUACCGAGUGUUGUUGUGGGAUUUUAUGAUUUAGAGCAUCGAUCUAUGAGUGGGUCAAUAAAAGAAAAAGACGAAUCUUCACCAGAACUGUUGGGAUCGGCAGAGCCAAAUUUGGCAUUGGAAAUCAAUGAGAAGAGGAAAUAUCUCCAUGAAAGAGGCAUUAGAUUUGCUGCUGUAAUAAUACUCAAUGCACAACAUUCAGAGGAUCCAACAGUAGAAGAAAGAUUGGUGUAUAUUCGAAAAGUAAGUGGUCUAGACGCAAGAAAUUGCUUUUUUGCUCUGUCACCGGAAAGAGAUAUUUCAGAGUUCGUGACAACGAUUAACGAGCUUGUAAAUUUGAUAAGUUUGCAAAAAGCACUUUACGAACAUAGCUUAAAUUAUUAUCGUGAACACGGUAAACGUAUUAAAAGAAAACGGAAUAGAUUACCUUCUCCUGCCACUGCUGGUUACAUCCGUCCAUCAUCAGAUUACCAUUCAUCAGCACCUGCUCCUUUAAGUAUCCAAGGAUGGAUGUUUCGUUAUGAUUACAAAAUGGCUACCUUUACCGAAUUUCGGCAAGAUAUAGAUGCGUCCAUCCAUCAUUAUGAAUCAGCUUAUAACCUUCUUGUGGACUUUUUUGCACCUCAAUCAGCAAUUACACCAGGAGCCCCUGGUUUACAAAUACGUAGUAAACGAUGGGAUGAAGCCAGGAUUUUGGCUGAUUGCAUAAAUUUAAAAAUUUGCAAGAUGAACCUAUACAUUGAUGCACCCUCUGCUGCGUUGGCUCAAUUAAACAAACACAUUACAACCUUUAAACGAUUGUGCAAUGCGUUAGAAAUUGGCGAUGAUACGUUUGAAUAUUGGAUGUGGUUGUCCAACCAGUAUCGAGUUUUUGGCGAUAUAUUGGAAAUAGCCACCAGAUCUGGGUUUAUCAUACCUGAUCCAACUACAGUAUUUCAUACCACGUCAUCAGCGGACUAUCGAUUUGGUAGCACCUCAAAUAGUCCUAUGGCAGGUUCUGGUGUUAAUCCGACAAUGGUUCUUCAACACCCCGGGUUUUAUUAUCAUUUGGCUGCGCAAUGUAAUUCUGUGAGGAGAAAAAAGUUUUUGGCUGUGGAAAAGAUUGUACAAGCAAGCGGUGAUGCCUUGAAGUUUCCAACAUCCGUCCUUGAAGCAGAAAGGAGUGUUGAUCAUUCAACAUUGACAAUAGAAUUACUUACAAAGAGCUAUGAACAAUUCAAAAAACAUAAGGGAGGGCGUAUGACACUUUAUUUGGCUUCUGAAAUUGCCGGAGCUUAUUUUGAAGCAAAAAAAUAUGAUAUGGCAUUAAAGUUUUAUGAGCGCAUAGCCAAAAAAUACCGCAAGGAAGAUUGGCACACAAUCCUAGAGUCAAUUUUGAAUUGGUCUUUAAAGUGUGCAAAAGAAUCAGGCACUUGGGACAAUGUUGUUGAAUAUUUAAUUGAGCUUUUGUCUUACCAUUUCAAAAUUCUAGACCUUAACGAAUUGCCUUUGGAUACAGUAACGUGUUAUGUGCAAUUCAAAGAACCCGCAACAUUUGUUGCAACUCCUACAUCAUUUCAAAUUACUUUUAUAACACAAUCGGAAACACCACCGUUACCCUUACAGUUCACAUAUAUCCGACUAUCUUUUACCGAUGCAAAUUUUAACCAUUACUUUACCCAUAACUCGAAUAAUGAAUCUGGUGAUACAAAAUUACAAUGGGUGAAUUGCAAGGAAUGUCUACGAGAAGAAGUGGAUGGUGAAGGCUAUGUAUGGGUCAAGAGUGUUGAUUUGACUUUUCGCAAAGAUUCAACAAAAGUUUUUGAAGGCCUUCUUAUUCCAAAAGACAGUGGGGAUCUCCAACUUCAAAUUGUGACGUUGGGGUUCUUGUCAGAAAGUUGGAAAAUCGAGCUCCGAUUUGAUGUAAAUGCGUUACAAGAGCCCUUGAAGCGUAAAUGGUUGCAAUUCGAAGCAAUUUCUGAUGGUGAACAAGUCGAAAAACCAUUUUUCAUAAAUUUGGAAGGGACCGGUGACCGUUCUUUGAUAAAGAUAACGCAAAAACAAGCCAAGCUUGAUAUAAAGGUCAAUCACUCAGCACCUGCUUUAUUGGAUGAACACUAUCCAAUACAGCUCACUAUAUUAAAUUUAGAAUCUGAAGAUAUCAAGGCAAUUUUGAAGGCGGAACUUAUUUCAGAUUCGCAAGAAUCUGAAGAUGUUAUUUUUGAUUCUAAUUUAAAUACGACAAAUCAUCUAAAGGAAACUGAUCUUGGAGUGAUUUCUUCCAAUGGAUCAUGUGUCAAAACCAUAUAUAUUAUUGGAAAAAAAUCCACCAAUUUGCGGACUCUUCGUCUUACUAUAUUAUACUCAACUUCUUCUUUAAUACCUUCAACACCAACACCAAUCCAAAAUUGGAUUGAGAAAAGAGAAGACAUCAGAAUACCGUUUAUAGCGCCUUUUUCUGUCUCCUUUAACAUUUAUCCUCAAGAAGAGUUUGGUAACGUACGAGAAACUUCCUCAUUAGAUCGAAUAGAACGGCAUUUUAUGGUCGCCAAAAUUGCUAGCAUUGGACCGUGGGAUAUUUGUGUGUCUGGAAUAGAUUUGAUUUUGUUGGAUCAAGCAAACGCUCAAACCAAGAUUGAGAUCAUUUCAUCUUCAAUUGAAUUAGAUAGUGAAUCUUUAGAACAAGGAUAUAUAUUUAAUGUUAAUUAUUUAUUGGAGCUGACAAUUUUGAACGAUGCAUCCUCAAGCAAAAAUGUAGACAUAGGAUUGCUUGACAUUCAAUGGAGGAGGAAUCAAUCUUUUGGAAACACUUCCGUUCCGUUUACAGAAACAACAAUGAUGGUACCACAGCUUCAAAGACAUGAUUCAGAGCUAUCUGUCAUAUUGGACAUACCGCCAAAUCCUAUUGUUGGACAAAUUUUUACACUUACAUUUAAGAUCAUCAAUUGGACAUCUGCACCAGUUCGAAUCCACGUAACGGUGGAAGUAAAUGAUGCUUUUGUAUUUUCGGGAUACAAACAAACAUAUUUUAUUGUGUCACCGUUAUCAACAUAUUAUUUCAAGGCUAAUUGUUUCCCUUUAGCACCUGGAAAAGUUAAAUUACCAAGAGUAAAAAUCAUGAAAGCCGGAGAUAAUGGAGUAGCUGAACAAGAAGUUUUUAUUGCUGUACCUGGAUUUAAGGAACCUGUUGAAGAUGAAUGGUAUAUGGUGUUUAUUAAACCUAAAAAAGAAAUAAAUGAGUAA